AUGCCACCAAUUCGCACCCAAUCCUCUCGGAAUUCUGCCGAAAAAGAGGGCAGGAUUCUAUUAGCUAUCCAGGCCCUUGAAAGGCAAGAGAUAAGCAAUAUUACUGUUGCCGCGCGCACUUUUGACGUCCCACGUUCAACACUACGCAAUCGUCUUACCGGCCUCAAAGCACGCUCUGAAACACGCCCAAAUUCACACAAAUUGACAAAAUUUGAAGAGGAAUCGCUUCAAAAAUGGAUUAUAUCUCUUGACGAUCGUGGAGCUGCCCCUAGGCCCUCUACCGUACGCGAAGCUGCGAAUCUUCUUCUUGCGGCUCGCGGAACUACACCACCCUUAAUUGUUGGCGAAAAAUGGGUCUAUAAUUACGUGAAAAGACACCACGAGCUAUCACCUCGCUUCUUAAGACGUUAUAAUCAUGAACGCGCGAAAACUGAAGAUCCAAAAAUCAUUCAAGAAUGGUUUAAUCUUGUUCAAAAAACGAUCCUCGAAAACGGAAUCGAAUCAGAUGAUAUCUAUAACUUUGAUGAGACUGGAUUCGCGAUGGGUUUAAUCACAACUGCAAAAGUUACUACAAGAUCGGAAUACUACGAUCGGAGAUCACUUUUACAACCCGCAAAUCGCGAGUGGGUAACCGCUAUUGAGUGUACGGGCGCGUCGGGGUGGGCGCUUCCUCCAGUGAUUAUCUUUAAAGGCGAAAUCUUUAUGAAAGGCUGGGGUGAUGGUCUCCCGAGAGACUGGCGAUUUGAAGUUAGUCCGAAUGGAUGGACCUCUGAUGAAAUUGGGCUUCGCUGGCUUGAAAAAAUGUUUAUUCCCUUGACUUUUUCGCGGACGAAAGGAAAGUUUCGACUUUUGAUCCUUGAUGGCCAUGGUAGUCAUUUAACGCCAAAGUUCGAUGAACUUUGCAGUCAAAAUGACAUAAUUCCAAUUUGCAUACCAGCACACUUAUCACACCUUUUACAGCCUCUUGAUGUAGGCUGUUCUGCGGUUUUAAACCGCUCUUAUGGUCAAUUUGUCGAAUCUCAAAUGCGACUCGGGAAUAAUCAUAUCGACAAAUUUGAUUUCCUCGAAGCUUACCCGUCCGCCCGAAUUUUCGCUUAUAAACCAGAGACAAUCAAGAAUAGCUUCGCAGCAGCUGGUUUAGUCCCGUAUGACCCCAAUCGUGUGUUUUCAAAGCUUAAUAUUCCGCUUCGAACCCCGACCCCCCCCUCAAGCCAGGGAAGCGAGUGGGAGCUACAAACACCCUCAAACUAUAUUCAGCUGCAAAGACAAGCAUCCUCGAUCAAAGCUCUAUUAAAAAAACGUUCUCGGAACCCACCAAGUCCACACAAUUCCGCGAUAGAUCAAAUUCUCAAGGCUUGUCAAAUCAUGAUGCAAUAUACUGCAUUUUUAGCUCGAGAAAACGAGGAAUUACGGGCUGGAAUGGAGAAGAAAAAGCAGAACCCACCAAGGUCAUUUAAUUCCGCGAUAGAUCAAGUUCUCAAGGCUUCUCAAAUGAUAAUACAAUCUACUGCAUUUCUAGCUCGAGAAUACGAGGAAUUACGGGCUGGAAUUGAGAAGAAAAAGCAGAAAAGAACUCGAUCUAGGCAGCAGAUACCACGAGAAGUAGGGAUAUCAGCUGCAGAGCUCCAAGACCUAGUAGAGCCCUUGGUUGAGCUCCCGGUCGCACCAGCACCCCGGCCCGCACGACAGCCACCACCACCUCUACAACCACGGUCGAGAGCAUUACCGAAAUGUGGAGCUUGCGGGAACGAGGGUCAUAAAAGAAACACAUGUCCAGAUAGAGGUAGAUAG